AUGGAUCACCAGUUCCUGAAUUUGAAUGGCUCUGGAUCUGAUGGGACUGUAGUAUCCUCUUUGGAGCAAUCUGAGUUAAAUUUCCAAUUACAGAAAGUGUGGGAUCCUGUAAAGCGCUUUGGUUUCAAUGAUGGUAUUGUUUUUGGAAGUCUUGAUCCGGAACCUCUGGAUCCUAGCAGUUUUGCUCCCUUUUUUAACGUGAGCACUGAGGUUGACUUUCCUGAUGAACAUGAGUGCUAUCCUGUGCUCAAACACAUUAACCAGAUGCUCAUGGAGGAGAAUCUGGAAGAGCAACAAAGCAUGUCCACUGAUCCAUUAGCUCUCCAAGCUGCCGAGAAAUCCUUGUACGAAAUUCUUGGCAAGAACUAUCCUCAUUCGCCUCGUGCAACAUUUGUAACAGCCCUUGAAAAUAAUGCACAUACCCCAGAUUGCUUCAGCGAAAGUUCAAGUAACCAUGUCGCAAACUGCAGCGAUAGUGGUAGCAAUUCUGCUGCCUCAUGGCCAAUUCCUGAGCUCAGUGAGUUAUCUGGGAAACAAGGUCAUCAUCUGGUUAACUCUUGCAAGUCAUCCUUCCACACCAAUUCAGUCCAGUGCCUUCAUAUGCUGAAGAAUUCGACUAUCUGUGGAAAUGGGCAGGUGGCAUCUCUCACAGAUGAAAAUCUUAUUCCGAGUUUCUACAGUAAUCAUGAAACCAUGAUGCUAUUUAAGAGAGGGCUAGAGGAAGGUAAAAAAUUCCUUCCUUCAGGGAAUCAAUUAGUUGUUGAUUUAGACAAGCAUACGCUAUCAUUAAAACUGGAGCUUCUGGCCGAAAAAAAGAAAGAUGAGGUGGAAAAAUUGGCUGAAAUAUCAGGAGGAAGGAAGCAUCAAAAUCAGGACGAUGAUGAUUCACUCAGGGGAAGAAGCAACAAGCAAUCCGCAACCAGUGAGGAAGAGGUGGAAUUAUCAGAACUACUUGACAGAGUACUGCUUCAUGCUGAUUCCAAAGGCCUAGAAGCGUAUUCUGAUGUUGAUGUCGAACAACCAAAUGGAUCAUUCAAGACCUUGUCUAGGAGUAAAUUUCUUCAUAGAUCUCGUGUCGGAAUGAGUCCAGAGAAAAGGCUGGGCGCUGAGGGUGAAGCUCUUGAUCUCUUUGGAUUGUUAAUUAGUUGUGCACAGUUUGUUGCUGCUGAUGAUCAUAGGACUGCAACUGAGAAACUGAAGCAAAUUAGGCAGCAUGCUUCUUGUCUUGGCGACCCACACCAGAGGCUAGCUUUUAUACUUGUCAAUGCUCUCGAGGCAAGGUUGGCAGGCACUGGAAGAGACCUGCAUGUUGCCUUAACUUCCAAGCGAAUUUCAACUGCUGACCAGUUGAAAGCCUACAGGGUGUAUCUUUGUUCUCCAUUACGGCCGACAUUUUCUUUCUUUGCAAAUGAAAUGAUUCUGGAAGCAGCAUCAAGAGCCACAAUACUUCAUAUAGUUGAUUUUGGCAUCACAUUUGGCUUCCAGUGGCCUACUCUCAUUCAACAGUUAUCUAACAGAGAUGGCGGGCCUCCCAAGCUCCGCAUUACAGGAAUAGACUUCCCCCAACCAGGUUUUAGGCCAGCAGAAAGCAUGCAGCAGACAGGUCACCGCUUGGCAAAAUACUGUGAAAGGUUUAAUGUACCGUUCGAGUACCAAGCAAUAGCAACAAGAAAUUGGGACAAAAUCACAAUUGAGGAGUUGAAACUUACAAGAAAUGAAGUACUUGCAGUGGCCUGUCAGUUUGGCUUAAAGAACAUAUCUGAUGACAUGGUGGAGGGUGAAUGUCCAAGGGAUGCAGUUUUAAGCUUAAUCAGGGCGAUGAAUCCAGAUAUUCUUGUAACAGAUGUUCUUAGUGCACAACUCUCUGGUCCUUUCUUUCUCACUCGAUUCCGGGAUGCCCUUUCCUUUUUCCUCACCAUGUUUGACGCUAUUGAUAACAAUCUACCACGAAAAGAUGCACAGCGGAUGAAAUUUGAACAAGAAUUUCUAGGAACUCAAUUGUUGAACAUCGUUGCAUGUGAGGGCUUAGCGCGGGUUGAGAGGUGCGAGACUUACAGAAAGUGGCAUGCUCGUUAUAACAGGGCUGGCUUCAGGCAACUUCCCUUGAAUCAGGAUCUGUUGAAGGAACUAAGAGGCAAAGUUAAAAAAGCCUACCACAAAGAUUUCAUGUUGGAUGAAGACGGUUGUUGGAUGCUUCAGGGAUGGAAAGGGAAGAUUAUCAGUGCUUGCUCUUGCUGGAUUCCUGCAUAG